AUGGUUGUGACCAUAGAUGAUUUUAUGUGUUGGAAUAAAGAAUCAGAAUUGGAAUCUAGAGGAAUAAUUUGGGAUUUUAAAUUGCAAAAGAGCAAGGAAAUCGGGUACAUCGGGUACAAGAGCAGUUUAAAAGAGCUUCUAAGAAAUCCAAGUCAGUUUUAUCACGGCGGGUGGUUAGCGUUUGUAUGUUUAAAUAACCGAGGAGCGUAA